CUCAUUUCGACGAAGAACUCUUUUGGUCGAACAUAAUCCAUAAGAAGCAUAAUUUGAUUCGGAGAAAUUCAAAGGAUUACGGAGUAAUGGCGAUUACGGCGACUAGAUUGGUCUCUCUGACUCUCUUAUGGAUUAUCGUCCUCUUCGUCACACUUGCUCUCAUUCAGAUUAAAUUGACUGAUGUUGCGGAUCCUAGUGUCAAUGAGAAGAUUCUUGAUGCUAAGCUCAAUCAGGUGGGAGAGGAUUUAGAAGGAGUAACACACAAAGUUUACUUUGACAUUCAAAUCAAUGGUUCACCAGCAGGACGCAUUCUCAUCGGCCUUUUUGGGAAGAUAGUUCCUAAAACUGCAGAGAACUUUCGAGCACUUUGCACGGGAGAGAAAGGAGUUGGAAACAUGGGGAAACCUCUUUAUUUCAAAGGAAGCAGCUUCCAUAGGAUCAUUCCUGGCUUCAUGAUUCAGGGUGGAGAUUUUACACGAGGUGACGGGCGAGGUGGAGAGUCGAUAUAUGGUGAUAAAUUUGCAGAUGAGAACUUUAAACUCAAACACACUGGGCCAGGAUUUUUAUCAAUGGCAAACUCGGGACCAGAUUCCAAUGGUUCACAGUUCUUCAUCACAACAGUCACCACGAGUUGGUUGGACGGACAUCACGUUGUGUUUGGGAAGGUAUUGUCUGGCAUGGAAGUAGUGCGCAAGAUCGAAGCGCAGGGACAAGACAGUGGAGUGCCCAAAGGAAAUGUUAUUGUUUUUGCUAGUGGAGAAGUUUCUUUGUAAUAUCGUUUUUUCUUCAUCCGAAUGAACAAGAGACCGAGAUCCAUAACAAAAAAAAUAAAAAAUCAUUCAAAUACUUUGAAAUAA